CGGAGUGACGCAACUUCCAGCGCUGGGUGGGCGGAGUUCCGCACAGUCGAUGUGUCCGGAGUUCUUCCACGUCACCGAACCGAUUCCUGCUGACACCGGGCGGGAGCAGGGCCACCGACCUGCCGCACACUGAACGUUAUCGGACGGCAUUGAGAAGCGGCAGCCAUGACGGCGGCAGAGAACGUGUGUUACACCCUCAUCAAUGUCCCCAUGGACUCGGAGCCUCAGUCUGAGAUCAGCCUGAAGACUGACCUGGAGAAGGGGGACGUGAAGUCCAAGACGGAGGCUCUGAAGAAAGUCAUCAUUAUGAUUCUGAACGGAGAGAAGCUCCCGGGGCUCCUGAUGACCAUCAUCCGCUUCGUCCUGCCCCUCCAGGACCACACCAUCAAGAAGCUUCUGCUCGUCUUCUGGGAGAUCGUCCCCAAGACAACCCCGGACGGGAAACUGCUGCAGGAGAUGAUCCUCGUCUGUGACGCCUACAGGAAGGACCUCCAACAUCCGAACGAGUUUAUCCGCGGCUCCACCCUGCGUUUCCUGUGUAAGCUGAAGGAAGCGGAACUGCUGGAGCCCCUAAUGCCGGCCAUCCGGGCGUGCCUGGAGCACCGCCACAGUUAUGUGAGACGGAACGCUGUGCUGGCCAUUUAUACCAUAUACAGAAACUUUGAGCAUCUCAUCCCCGAUGCCCCGGAGCUCAUCCACGACUUCCUGGUGAACGAGAAGGACGCCAGCUGCAAGAGGAACGCUUUCAUGAUGCUGAUACACGCAGACCAGGACCGCGCUCUGGACUAUCUGAGCACCUGCAUAGAUCAGGUCCACACCUUCGGGGACAUAUUACAGCUGGUCAUCGUGGAGCUCAUUUACAAGGUGUGUCAUGCCAAUCCCUCAGAGCGAGCUCGCUUCAUCCGCUGUAUCUUCAACCUCCUCCAGUCAUCCAGUCCGGCCGUGAAAUACGAAGCAGCUGGGACAUUGGUCACACUAUCCAGCGCUCCCACCGCUAUCAAGGCCGCCGCUCAGUGCUACAUUGAUCUGAUCAUUAAGGAGAGCGACAACAAUGUCAAACUUAUCGUUUUGGAUCGUCUGGUGGAACUGAAGGACCAUCCUUCCCAUGAGCGUGUCCUGCAGGAUCUGGUGAUGGACAUCUUGAGGGUCCUCACCACGCCAGAUCUGGAGGUUCGCAAGAAAACUCUACAGCUGGCCCUGGAUUUGGUUUCCUCCCGGAAUGUGGAAGAGCUGGUGAUCGUCCUGAAGAAGGAAGUCAUAAAGACAAACAACGUGACGGAACAUGAAGACACAGACAAGUUUCGUCAGCUUCUCGUGCGCACUCUCCAUUCCUGCAGCGUCCGAUUCCCGGAUAUGGCCGCCAAUGUUAUCCCGGUGCUGAUGGAAUUCCUGAGUGACAGUAAUGAGGCCGCAGCCGCCGAUGUCCUGGAGUUUGUGCGCGAGGCCGUACAGCGAUUCGAUAAUUUACGAACACUAAUUGUAGAGAAAAUGCUGGAGGUUUUCCACGCCAUAAAGUCAGUGAAGAUUUAUCGCGGAGCGCUCUGGAUUCUGGGAGAAUAUUGCAGCACGAAGGAGGACAUCCAGAGUGUGAUGACGGAAGUGCGCAGGUCUCUGGGAGAGGUUCCAAUCGUGGAGACCGAGAUAAAGAAGGAAUCCGGGGAGACGAAACAGGAGGAGGAGGUGACGGUCGGCUCCUCCCAGAGGCUGGUGACCGAAAUGGGCACGUAUGCUACGCAGAGCGCUCUGAGCAGCUCCAGGCCCGCAAAGAAGGAAGAGGAAAGGCCGCCUCUCAGAGGAUUUCUAUUGGACGGAGACUUCUUUGUUGCUGCUUCUCUCGCCACUACCCUUACAAAGAUUGCACUGCGCUAUGUGGCCCUUGUGCCCGAGAAGAAGAGGCAGAAUUCCUUCGUAGCGGAGGCCAUGCUGCUGAUGGCAACCAUCUUGCACCUGGGGAAAUCCUCCUUACCCAAGAAGCAAAUCACAGACGACGACGUGGACCGGAUCUCUCUGUGCCUGAAAGUUCUUUCUGAAUGUUCCCCGCUGAUGAGCGAGAUCUUCAACACGGAAUGCCGCAUGUCCCUCUCACACAUGUUAUCAGCCAAGCUGGAGGAGGAGAAGCUCUCCCAGAAGAAGGAAUCGGAGAAGCGCAAUGUGACGGUUCAGGCCGACGAUCCGAUCUCCUUCAUGCAGCUCACCGCCAAGAGCGAGAUUGCGUCCAAGGAGGAUCAGUUCCAGCUCAGUCUGCUGGCCGCUAUGGGGACCACCCAGAGGAAGGAGGCGGCCGACCCUCUGGCAUCCAAACUUAAUAAAGUGACGCAGCUAACUGGCUUCUCGGAUCCUGUGUACGCGGAGGCAUACGUACACGUUAACCAGUACGACAUUGUCCUGGAUGUGCUAGUCGUCAACCAGACCAAUGACACCCUACAGAAUUGUACACUGGAGCUCGCUACCCUAGGUGACCUGAAGCUGGUGGAGAAGCCGUCUCCUCUGACUCUCGCUCCGCACGACUUCGCCAACAUCAAGGCCAACGUGAAAGUCGCCUCCACAGAGAACGGCAUCAUCUUCGGGAACAUCGUGUACGACGUGUCCGGGGCGGCCAGUGACCGGAACUGUGUGGUGCUGAGUGACAUUCACAUCGAUAUCAUGGAUUACAUCCAGCCAGCUGGCUGCACAGACACAGAGUUCAGGCAGAUGUGGGCCGAGUUCGAGUGGGAGAACAAGGUGAGUGUGCGGCUUCCUCUGCUCACCACCCGGGGGCGCCAUUCACAGACGCGCAGAUCGGCGUCCGUGUCCGCCGCAUCCACUGCCUUGGAGGAUGCUCUGUCCGGGUCAUGCGGCUUCAUGGCGGCCAAUCUUUACGCCCGCUCCAUAUUCGGCGAGGACGCCCUCGCCAACGUCAGCAUCGAGAAGCCAAUCCACCUGGGACCCGACGCCGCAGUUACCGGUCACAUACGGAUCAGAUAA